AUGGCACACAAAGUGCAAGAUUGGCAGGUUCUGGAGACUGCCUUGCAGGAGGCAGAGGUGGCGGGAGUUGCCGCCGAGCUGUUGGAGAAAAGCCGCAAGCGUCUCCAGGAGCUCCAGGAAGCAGAAGCUCGAACAGAUGCGGCAGCACAGCUCCAGGCAGCCACGGCCGCGGCCGAUGCGGCGCUGCACAGCACGACGCCAGAAGAAGGGUUCAGGUCUGCUAUCGAGGAUCUCGGACGCGCCUUACGGCGGGCCGAGACCUGCGAG